GGUACGAGUGGCUCAGUUCACCAGCAGAUGGAGAGUGAGACAGAUGUGCUCAUAAGAGAAAGAGUGAGAGAUCAUCAAAUAUCAAGGAGAAAAAUCAAACAGACGGAAUGUAAGACAGCAGAAAGACACGCGUCUGAUAUCACAGAGGAAUAUAUGAGAACGAGAGAAAGAGAUGAUGAAGAACACUCCGUUCACGGACAGCAGACCCUCGGAUGAAGACCGGUGAACAAUACAACAGGAGACUCUGAAGACAACUGAAGCGAACAGCAUGACACUGAACUACAUUUAGACGAGCGUCGGUGACCAGGAGCAUUUCUGACAGAUGAGAUCUCUGCUUACACGCUGGAGUUCCCAAAACACACGAGCCUCCCGUCUGGUUUCUGUAAGGAAUAAUUAUCUCUGGUUUAGAUAGUAUGCUUCAAAACCGAGACCCCGCCCCCUCCAGCUCCUCCUCUGGGGGUUGAGCCAAUCAGCAGAGGUCAUGGGCAGACGGGCAGCUGAAGCAUCAAAUGCCGUGCCAGCAUUAGAGGUGCCUCUGGCCGGAGGCCGGGCCAUGCUCUCUCAGAAAUGGGGCCCGCUGUGCAGCGUCGGCGUGCAAACGUCGCCGGGACUCCGCUCUCUUCCAUCAUUAAAGAAGAGGACUCAAACCGUCAGCACCCCCUACGGGCCGGCGGCCGAGACCAUGUCUCUGGAUCGGGUGAGGCGCUGCGACCUCAACGGCAAGCCAAAGAACACCACCAACCAUGUGACGCAGGAGAAUGAAGUGUACUGUCAAAUCAAAAAUAACCCCAACCAAUUAGGAACAACAGGGAGUCUGAAGCGAUCCUCCCGGUACACUAAUGGAAGUGUGGUUGCACCUGAGGUGGUGGGCGGGGUCUGUAGCGAGGGAGCUGAGACGGAGGAUGCGAGACGCCAACCAAUCACAAGAGACUGCAAGCGGGGUCAGUCGCUGAAAGGCGAGAGAUCCCGGCCGGUCGUGCACUGCCCCGGCUCAUGCGCCACCACCCCUCGUCCAUGUAGGAUUAUGGCAUCAUCGCCCAGACUGUGCACCGCCUGUGGGCGGAGACAAUCUCAAGUCCCGCCCUGCAUGGCGGCCGCCUGUCGAAAACGCGCAGUCAGUCAGGUGCAAGCGAGCACGACACUUCCGAACCCACCGCGGAAAAGUUCUUCACCCGGACUGCGGAAACGAAAUUCCACUCUGGUGCAACCAACGUACGCCCAAAUUCCCAACACACACAAUCACCAAACGCAAAGUGUGACACUCCCCCCCUCAGAAACCUACAAAAAAGAUCUGCAGAGAAAAACAGAAGCAUCGACGUCAAAGAAAGCAUCUGAAAAGCCCAAAACAUGCCCGAACGAAUCAACGACACAAUUAAGGCAAGCACACGACAAGACACGCAACACCCAACACACACAAACACACACACAAGAAAUGACAGCACAACCCACACAAGACAAACGCACAACCACAGAAACACGCAGACCUCUUGUAUCUCCAGCAUAUGUGCCCACGCCCCCCUCACUUUCCACUGGCUGUGAGUUAAAAGCCACGCCCACUCUCCUACCCAAAAAUGUCUCCAACUCAAAUCAAACACAUGUCAAGUCCAAACCGGCCCCUCCGGAACUUCUCAUUGGCUCCGGGAUGAAGCCAAAGUCACAAACUCCACCUCCAGAGCCCAAACCUAAACCUGAGAGAGACACAAACGCACGGCCAUCGCAAAAGGAUGAAAUCCCACAAUGCAACGGGGCACCUGGUGUUCUGCAUGGACUGCUACAGAAUGUCGAGGAAAACCUGCUGUACAAUCAAGAGAAGAUCAAAGUUCUGCUCAACGUCAUCCAGGAUUUAGAGAGGAACAAGGCAAUGAGUGAAGGGCGAUGUUCAUACAGAACAGGUCAAGACCUCAACAACUGCUCCACCUGUCAGAAGACGGCCUGCAUAAUAUACAGUGUGGAACACGACUUCCGUGUCCAGGAGGGACGAUUCCAAAGCGUUCUGGAAGUGUUGGAGGCAGAGUAUGAUGUCCCCGCCCCCGUCCCAAAGCCAGCCCACAUACGACCACGGACUAAGAGCCGCAUCAAGAAACUGCGAAAGAAAUGCUUCUGGUGGCUGUAGCCGCAGCGCGGGUUACCAUGGAAACCUAGAAUUACGUUUGUUUGCUUUCGUGGAAAAUGUCAGUGCUCGACCUCACUGAUGAGGAGUUCACCAGCAUCGCUGUUGUCAUGGAGAUACGGGAUGUACAUUUACGACUAUUAUGACAGGAACCACAAACGCGAGGAUGACAAACAUCUCACCGCACCGAAAGAUCAACCGACUUGCGUUCAGACCAAUUUAGUCGAUUGAGAACCUACGUCCAACCCGUCAAUACAUCCCCCACACCCUGUCUGUCAUAGCUGUGACUCAGUCGAUAUGUGCGGACAGCUAAUGAAUGUCUAAAGCUCUGUCCCAAAACCCAGCGAGACGGCAUGCGAAACACAGGCAACAACAUUCACAUUGCACGCACGCCUGCCAGAGGGGUAAUCCCAGAAUGCAUAGCAAUCAACACUGACAAGCACCGAUAAAAAGAAUCAAAUGAAAUCCAACUAAGAAAAGUGGAAAAUGUAAUAAAAACAGACGGCGGCCUGCUGAUGUCAGACUCGAUCCAAGGGUUUUGGAACAGAGCUUAAAUACAUCAAAGGUUAAAGAACUGAAGCUCUUACAUCCUUUUGAUUCUACAAGCAGAAAAACUCUCAUUUCAUGUGAAUGUUGCUCUUGAAAACCAGAUUUCAUGUAGGGUAAUGAAACUGCGAACUUCCACACACACACACGGGACUGAAUUUAAUGUGUAUCUGUUUGAUAUCCACACAAACAUACAACAGUAGCUUAAGUGAGAGAUGAAAAUAUGUUCCUCUUAUUCUCAUUCAUUCAAACGUCUUCCAGUCUACAUGUCUCCAUAUCCAGACUUGUAUAAAGAACAAUAAUCAAUGUAUUUUUAUAUGCUGGUAAGCUAAGACUACAUUUCCCACAAUGCUCUCUUCCUCUGUCACCUGUUUGUAAAUAAGAUAUUUAGGACAACGCUAAUAAAAUUGUGUAUUUUACUGCAGUUAAGCUUUCAAAAAUAAGCUAUGUUUUCUAUAUUAAAUAAUACCAAAACUGCAGCAUUUGUCAUUUGAAGCACUCGCCUAAAAACAUUCAUUGCUUAAAGGUUCUUUACAGACUAUAGAAAGCUCGUAUAAAUAUGGUUCUCUGAAUCAUCGACUCAAAGCCCGUUUUGUGAAACCAAAAAUGGUCAUUUGAGGCAUUGCUGCGAAGAACCCUUUUAGCAGUGUGAUUUGCAUACAAGCGCUGUAUAUUCGACAUGUCUAUUGAUGUGUGUAACAAGAACGUAAAGUCUAAAACAUUUCGGCCAGAUGUAGAGAGGUUUGUUAUGGAUUGAGACCAAUAACAGAAGGAUGCUGGCCUGUACAAACUUCACUACUAUGAUGGAAGACACAGCAUUGUGGAUGGUUGCCAGGAUGUUGCUAGACGGUUGCUAAGGGGUUCUGAGUGUUAUUUAUCUGGUUGCUAUGCGGUUGCAUCCGAUGUUUCAGGUGAUUGCA